CCCAGCUGACAGCCAGUAGGAAACCAGAGCAAAACAAGCCCACAAACCAAGUGUGAACAUGACUUCCAAGCUUCUGGGCGCCUUUCUGGCCAUCUUCCUGGUUUCUGUAGCACUGAAUGAAGCUGCUGUGAUGCCUCGGACUCUGUCCGAACUUCGGUGUCAGUGCAUAAAAACUCAUUCCACCCGUUUCCAUCCCAAGCUCAUAAAGGAGCUGAGAAUGAUUGACAGUGGACCACACUGCCAAAACACAGAAAUCAUUGUCACUCUUCAAGAUAAUAGGAAGCUCUGCCUGGACCCUCAAGAAAAGUGGGUACAGAAAAUUCUUCAGGUGUUUUUGAAGAAAGCGGAGCAUGACUCAAAACAAAAUGGAAAGACUACUCCUUUGCCUUGAAUUGAUCUCUCCCUGAAGAUGCCACGAGAUAUGCAACAUGGGCUAGGGAAUUAAGGAAGCUAGGUCUUUGCACUGAUUCACUGUGCCUCAAUUUUUUUAAUCUCUGUAAUAGCUCAAGAAUACCUCCCUAUUCCUACCUCACAGGGAUACUCAUCAUUAGGACAAAAAAUGCCAAAACUAUUUCUGCUUUUUUUAUCAGGGCCAGAUAGCAUAAUGUUAUUAUUUUCAACUGUAAUUUAAUUCAGAUAUUUACUAUUUAUGUAUUUAUUAAAAGGAUGUGUGGGCCUAGAAUUGGAUGAUAAAAAAACUGCUCUGAUAACAAGUGGGGACAAAAUGACAAUGAAAUUGUAUUUUAUUUAAGAUCUGAGAGAUGCUUAAUAUUCUUCCUACCUUCACUAUUAGGAAUAGGAUUCUGUCUUCCAGAAAUGUCUAUGGAGAGAUGGACUAAGUAGAAACCUGAAUUAGUGACUUCUGCCCUAAUUCUGGAAUAUAGUCUUAGAAUAGUUUAAGAAAUAAAACAGCAAGGAAGAGAGAGAGAGAGAGAGAGAGAGAGAGAGAGAGAGAGAGAGAGAGAGAGAGAGAGAGAGAGAGAGAGAGAAAGAAAGAAAGAAAGAAAGAAAGAAAGAAAGAAAGAAAGAAAGAAAGAAAGAGAAAGGAAGGAAGGAAGAAAGUCUUACUGGGCGAAAGUCCCAGAAUUAUUCUUGGUGGGGAAAUUAUUUAUGAUGUGUCAAUGUCUUGUUAAGAGUUUAUUUAAAUGGUUGUAUAGUGUCACCACCAUGAUUUAUUUAUUUAACUUAACUUGAGAAAACUUUUUUAUAUUAUGUCCAAGAGAAGUUUUCCUAACAUUUUUGGUAAUUUGGAAAUCUGCUUAGGACCAUGAGAAUAUUUAUGAAAAAUGUAACUUUUUGCCGACUUCAUACACAUUUGCUUUAUUCUAUUUUUGUUAAGAUU